CUAGCUCGGGCCCUAAUUCUUCUGCCUUGUCCUAUAUCAGACUCCCAAGACCCAGUGCACCGCCGCCCGGACCCAGUCGUCUAUUGGUCUAUUCGAAUUUAUCCCGCCCUGGAGGUGUUCUUGUUUUGAUACCCCUUCUCUGUGCAUACCUAGUGCUUUGUACCUUAUUCCUUUGCUGUCUUGCGGUAUACCAUCAAUCUGAUUUAUCCCCUGGCGAUGGAUUACGUCAAACUUCUCUUUGUCUCUCCAGAGAUCAAUCCAAGUAAUCGAAAGGCCAAGUCCAUCCCCAUUCUCAACCCGUUCGAUAAGUAUGGCCGGGUCUUUUUCUUCUCCUGGCUGGGGUUCAUGGUUGCCUUCCUGUCGUGGUAUGCCUUUCCGCCAUUGUUGACCGACACGAUCCGUCAAGACCUGCAUAUGACACAAACACAGGUCGCCAACUCGAACAUCGUUGCCCUGCUCGCGACACUGCUGGUGAGAUUUGUGGCAGGGCCGCUCUGUGACCGAUUUGGUCCUCGCCUGGUAUUCAUUGGACUGCUGCUUUGCGGGUCGAUCCCCACUGCCAUGGCUGGGCUUGUCACCACGCCGGAGGGCCUCAUUGCUCUGCGGUUCUUCGUUGGCAUCCUCGGGGGCACCUUCGUCCCGUGCCAAGUCUGGUGCACGGGAUUCUUUGAUAAGAAGAUUGUCGGAGCUGCUAAUGCUCUGGCUGGUGGCUGGGGAAACUCUGGUGGCGGAAUUACAUUCUUUGUUAUGCCUGCUGUCUAUGAUUCAUUGGUGAACGUUCAGGGCCUGACGCCGCACAAAGCAUGGCGCGUUUCCUACAUUGUUCCGUUCAUCAUCAUUGUCGCUGUCGCCCUGACCAUGCUCUUUGUAUGCGAGGACACGCCAACGGGCAAGUGGUCGGAGCGUCACCUUUGGGUGAAGGAGGCCACUGAACCAGAGGGCAACAUCGUCGACAUCGACUCGGGGACCCCGUACAGCCCGUCCAAGUCCCCCUCAAUGUUCGAUGUUACGGGAGAUGUGGAAAAGAAAGGCGGCGCCCAGACACCAGUCUCUCUGGAACCCGAGUCCCAGCGGAUCGGCCAGUUCGACGCGCUCCGAACGGACACGGUGGUGGCCCCCACGCGCAAGGAGGCGCUGAACGUGCUGUUCAGCCUAUCCACAGCGGCCGUCGCCAUCCCGUAUGCCUGCUCCUUCGGAGCGGAACUCGCCAUCGAGUCUGUCCUAGCCAACUACUACCUGGAUAACUUCCCCAGCAUGGGGCAGACCGAGUCAGGACGAUGGGCAGCCAUGUUUGGACUGCUAAAUAUUGUCUGCCGACCUGCAGGCGGGUUCCUUGCGGACUAUCUGUACCGCUCCACACAAAGCCUGUGGUCGAAGAAGAUCCUGCUCGUGUUCUUGGGGGUUGUCAUGGGAGCCUUCCAGCUGGCGAUCGGCUUCACCAACCCCAAGUCGGAGGCAACCAUGUUCGGCCUGAUGGCGGGACUUGCCUUUUUCCUUGAAGCCUGCAACGGUGCCAUCUUUUCGUUGGUGCCUCACGUGUAUCCGUUUGCCAAUGGUAUUGUGUCCGGUGCGGUAGGCGGAAUGGGUAACCUUGGCGGUAUCAUCUUCGCGAUCAUCUUCCGCUACAAUGGAUCUCACUAUGCGCGAUCGCUCUGGAUUAUCGGUGUGAUCUCGCUCGCCGCCAACGUGGUCACAUCGUGGAUCCGGCCGGUGGCGAAGAAUCCGGCUGUGAGCCAAUGAGAUAGUGCUGCUUUGAAUGCGUGAUUGUUUAGUUGAAUUGAGUAUUGAUA